GUGACCGUUCAUGUAAACAAAAGUUAUGAACAUUUCGAGUUAAAAAUGCAAGUAAAACCUUUUACUUCAACACUAUAUUGUGGUUAAAAUGGACGAAGUGCCUAUAAAAGUUGCUGUUAGGGUACGUCCACUGGUUGGCCAAGAAAAGGUUCACAGUGUAAAUACAUGUGUCUACUGUCUACCGUCAAAACCACAGCUUAUUCUUGGAAAAGACAGAGGGUUUACAUUUGACUUUGUUUUUAACCCAGAAACACCACAGUCAGAUGUUUAUGAGGCUUGUGUUGAACCAUUGGUCAAGAGCUGUUUGCAAGGUUACAAUGCCACUGUAUUUGCUUAUGGACAAACAGGUUCUGGUAAGACYCAUACUAUGGGAUCACUGGGUACUGGGGGUCUGACUGACAGYGAUCAUGGCAUUAUACCAAGGGCUGUCAAGCAGAUUUUCCAGAUGAUAGAGGAGAAAAAAGACAAAGUUGAGUUUGAGAUUCAUGUUUCGUACAUUGAAAUCUACUUGGAAGAACUGAGAGAUUUACUAGAACUAGAGACAUCAAGCAAAGAGAUUCAUAUCAGGGAAAAUGAGAAAGGAAAUACAGUUGUUAUGGGUGCUACAGAGCAGUUAGUAGAGACCAUCGAUGAUGUUAUGAGCUGCCUUGAUACUGGUUCGGCUGCACGGCAAACAGGGACUACAAACAUGAAUGAGGAGUCGAGCAGAUCUCAUGCUAUAUUCACCCUGUAUAUAGUUCAAAAGCCGAUUGGUCAAUGGGAGGAUGAUAACGUUAUAUCACCAAACAAAGACAAGGCAGCUGAUGAAGAAUCCGAUGUUGAUUACAGUGAGUACAAGUAUGCAAAGUUCCAUUUCGUCGAUUUGGCCGGCUCAGAACGAGUAGAUCGGACAGGUAAUGUCGGAGAACGAUUCAAGGAAUCUAUUCAGAUUAACACUGGCUUAUUGGCCCUUGGAAAUGUUAUCAGCUCUUUGGCGGACUCAAGAAAAAAGGUYGUUCACAUUCCCUAUCGUGACAGUAAAGUCACGCGAUUGCUUAAGGACUCCUUGGGUGGUAACGCAAGAACUGUCAUGRUCACGUGUUUAAGUCCUGCCGAACCUGACUUUGCUGAAAACCUYAACUCAUUAAAGUAUGCCACAAGGGCGAGAAACAUUCAUAAUAAACCAGUCAUCAACAGAGAUCCRCAAAACACAAGACUUAUGGCCAUGCAGAAUCAAAUAAUGGCUCUUCGUGAAGAACUUGAGAGACGAAGAAGUUCAGGUGUACCACCUACUGAUUUGUUGCCAAGUAACGAACAGAAGGAUACAGAACAACUCCAAAGGUAUCGUGAUCUAUGUGAGGGUUAUAUCAAGUCAACGAUAAGCGCGUCUUCUCUGCUGCGUUCCGUGUACACUACGGGCCACAUGAACAAACAGCAGCGUGACCAGUAUGAACAGUGGAUGAGAGAUCUUGACGAACUUACGUCAACCAAGACGAGCCGUCAGGACGUUGGUUACGUAAAAAUGAUAGACAAGCUAAAAAGGGAAAAUAUUAAGUUACCUAGCGACAGAAUGAUUCAAGGAUUCCGUGCUCGCAGUCAACUUUUGAUGAAGAAAUACGAAGAAAGGGAUGAAGUGGAAUGUAACUUGUCAGAAUCGAGCGACAGCGAGGAAGAGCAAGACGAUAUCUCAAGAGACCUUGGUAGGACUUGGAAGGUACGAGGGACUUUAAUAACACCAAAAAGCCAGAUUAUAGUCGAUAAUGCAAGCAAUGAUGUCCUGGAUGAAUUGAGNUUAAUGGCUUUUUACAGUACAAAUCGGAUCUCAGCAAUGACGAAGAGUUAUUUACCAGGCAGUCCUGCCAGAUCGACAUUCUUCAAAGGCAAGUCACGGAACUUGAAGUACAAAACAGCUCACUACAAAAACAGAUCACUGAUGAAAGUCGAACAAGAAAUAAAACAACAAGAAGAGUCUAAACAGAACACGGAUAGUUUACACGGUUUGGUCCAAACACGAGACGAGCUGAAUAAACAGCGAGUUCUGCUUGAGGACAAAUUGAAAGCUGGUGAACUUCUUGAUCCAAUUGAAGAGGCAAGACUAAUCGARCUCGACGAAGGUAUCGAGGCUUUGGAGGUUGCUAUUGACUACAAAACUGAUAACAUAGAAARCAAAGAACGUGAGAUACAAACCUCUGACCCUAACACACUCAACAAAGAGAUCCAAGGGCUCGAUAAAGACGACGCUAUCAACCUACUGCAUCGUUACUUGGACAAGGUGAUACAACUGAGGCAGAGCGAACGCAAACUGCAAAUUGAGUCCAGUGACAGAGACGUUCGUAUCAAUGAGCAAGAGAGAAUUAUUGGUGAACUGCAACGAAACUUACAGCAGUCAGUGAUGGUAGCUGAACGUAAAGUCACAAAACUGCAGCAAGAACACGAAGAGAAAGUUCAGUUUUUGAUGAGUCAGUUGGGCGACAUCGACACCGCUGUGGUAAAAGAAAGCGAGAAAGACCAGCGAACUCAACAGUUAGAAAGAGACCUGUACUAUUAUAAAAAGACUUGUAGAGAUUUAAAGAAAAGACUACGAGAAGUGACAUCGAUCGGCAUUGACAGCAGUACAUCGGUCAAACCAGGCGAAGACGAACCGGUAAAAGCUAAAAGGGAUGGAGUGAAGCAAUCAACAUCAGCAUCAAAGUCAUUCCAUACAAGUACAAAACUGUCAAGUACAGGGAAAAGUAUUCUACCGUCACUCACAAGCUCGACUCGCAGUUCCGUGUCCACUCUUAAGCAAAGUAAAAACCCUGAUGGAGUCGAUGACUUAACAMAAGAUUCCAUAGAACCUGCAAAAAACCCUUGGGGAUGAAAAAAGUAUAAAAAGCUAAACACAAUGCUCUGGACCCCGGUAAAUGAGAUCAGUGCUUAUCUCGCUGUACAAGUGUGCUUGUACAAGUGGUAAAGAGUGAUAUCAAUAGAGCAAAACGUGUCUUAAAGACAUCAAUAUACGGAAUAGUAUCCGUACUUUUAAAGUUCAAUCUCAGAGUUUUGUCGCACGAUCACAUUUUGUUGCAGAGAAGUAUUGUUAAAAGACUGUUAUUACAGAACGCCAGAACUUCUGUUGGAACAUUGGAUCAUGUGCCGUAUAUUGCGCAAUGCAUUGUAGGAUAUACUUUGGGAAUUUUGUGGAUUUCUUUAGUUUUCUCUUGAAAGUGAUCCCACAAUGCAUUAGAAAUCAAGUAAAAGGUUAAGAAGUCUAUUUCCAUUUAUAGUACAUUCAACAAAAUAAUACAUUCUGAUUGGUCGAGAGGAGUACAAUUACAGCGUUAAUUGUACUCCUUAAUUAAGUUGAAUGUACUAUAAACAAAAAAUCGCACAACCUCUCGUACAAUUUGGAAUUAAUAGUCACUCGUAAUGUUUUGAAAGUUUAACAUUACUCGUGACUAUUAAUUCCAAAUUGUACUCAAGGUCGUGCGAUUUCCUAUACAAAUUAUUAUGAACUACAUCCGUAAUAUGUUUAAGUUUCUACGGCGAAGUUUUUGAUUUUGUUGGACACAGUGAACUCUUUGCCAAUGAUGGCUGCUGUUUACAAAAUUUGUCAUAGGUUAAAAAAAUUUGGUAAUGCUAGCGGCCAUAUUAUGGGAUGGGUUUGUAGAAUUUUUAUUUAUUCUUUAGUAUUUAUAUUUUUAUUUAUGGUAGUUUUAUCAAGUCGGUAUUUUUUAACUUUCUUUUACGUUUUGUACAUUGUAUAUAGUGUUAGUGUUUGUAUGAGCU